GAUAAUCUCACACUGCAACUGCCAAUGCUGAUAUGGGCCAAAUGGGCUUGAGCCCUCGCCCCUCAGGAGUCAGGAUAGCAUGCCAAAUUUUCUCUAGUCACCCAUCACCAUGCUGGACCAAAACCUCACUUCCAUUUGAUUUAAAUUUCGAGAAACGCCUACCAGCUGUCAUGAAUCGUUGCUUAAUUGAAAUAUGACAGAUUUAUUGGAAGCAAGACAUUUUUGGCAUUAUUUAUUGUUGUAGCUACCUGCAGUUGCAGCUCCAUAUCACUAUGGUUGGUAUGAUAUGACAUUCAUUGUUUUAACUUUUGAUUUAUUUGCAGGUAUGAGCUGCAGCUGCACUGAAGUUCCAAGAGUGGACAGUCCUACAGGCCACAAUUUCACUGUCACAUCAGUAGUUUAAGACUGAUGAGAUGGAGAGUGGAAAACCAUUUGUGUUUCCGCUGAUCGCUGUCUGCAUCGUCUGCCUCAUUCCCAGUGUGACUGCCCUGGAGAAUGAUUUCACAUUUGUUGACUUCUUGGCCUUUGUUAUUGGGUUUCUCAUAGCCUUUGUUGGCUUUUGUGCUUGCCUCGGAGCUUAUGCCCGCAGACGUGAUGCUAUUUAGAAAAGCUAGGUGGUGCAUGGCAGCUAUGCUGAAAUCUUAAAUGCAUUAAGGAUUAGCUGAAAGUUUCUGAUGUCUGUAUGAUCGAACCAAGCAUUAUUAUGUGAUAUUGCCUGUCAUCCGUCCAUAAUUGCACUGCUCACAAGAGUUGAGCUCUGAUGUUUGGAUACUGAUUUAUUUAACUUUUGUACAAGUUGCUUGCUUCUACCUGCAUGUAUGUGACAACGUGUGAAUAACGGGCACGCACUGAAGGUUACAAAAUCAUUGUGUCGGCCUAUCGCGUGCCUGCGUUCGCAUUGAGCCGAUACCGAUCAUUUACCCCGAUCAGAUCCGAUCAUUUACCGUGCCGUGAUCUCGUGUCGACGUCGAUACCCAGCUGCUGAGGACUCGGACGUCAGCUGAGCUCUGUAACCAUGGUAACCAUUUUGGACGGCGGCCUGGCGACCACCCUGCAGGCGGCGGGCCACGAUGUAGAAGGCCACCCGCUGUGGUCCGCCCACCUCCUCAGCACACAGCCGCGGGCCAUCGUGGACGCGCAUGCGCAGUUCAUCGAGGCGGGGGCCGAUGUGGUCAUCACGGCCAGCUAUCAGGCCAGUGUGCAGAACCUGCAGCAGCAUCUCCAACUGUCUGUGGAUGAGGCGAUCUCGCUAAUGAAGGACAGCGUCACCCUGGCGAGGGAGGCCGCUCAGGCCUCUGGCAGAGAGGUGCGUGUGGCGGGCUCGGUGGGUCCGUACGGUGCCUGUCUGGGGGACGGCUCAGAGUACACCGGGAACUACCUGGCCACCAUGGAUCGCACCGCGCUCAAGGAGUGGCACCGUCCGCGCGUGUCGGCUCUGGUGGCCGCCGGCGCCGACCUCCUCGCCGUGGAGACUCUGCCCGGGCCCGCCGAGGCGCUGGCCGUCCUGGAUCUGCUCAGAGAAUACCCUAACACGCCAGCCUGGGUCACGUUCUCCUGUCAGGACAGCCGCCACACCUGUGACGGCUCGGGUUUCUCCGAGGCCGCGUGCCGCCGUCUGUGCGCCCGGCCUGAACUCCCUGCUGGCGGUGGGGGUCAACUGCACGGCUCCUGA